CUUCCCCUUGACUCAGUUCUCUACAGAUUCUCAAUCAUCCACUGUCUGGGCUUCGGACCAGACUGACGCCCCAAACCUCUCUUUCUCCACAAGUUUCGGUCAGCCCCUUGAAAGCCAUGAAUGCAGAAAGGCCGGUCAAGCGACGAUUCGCCACACCGAGUAAAAUGCGCGAAAUGAAGAAGGCCCUGCUGGAGUUUCAGUUUUCGAUCUUCCGGCGCAUCAAGGAAGCAUAUGCCAACGAGGAUGAAGAGGAGUUGAACAAACUUGGGAAAGAACUCCUCAUACCCGUAAAGAUCCUCAAGAACGGGGAAUGGAGAGCCUACAUGAACGUGGUACCGGUUGAAGCUUUCAAGCACGACAAGAACAAUGACUGCAUCCGCCUCUUUCCACACAAAGUAUGGUGUCUGAUCGACAUGGUUCAAAACAUCAACAUCCCUUGGAACGAUGCUAACAACAUUGCUUCUGCUACGGAACAGGCCUGGGCGGCAGGCAACCAAAGUCCACCUGACGAGAAAGGAGAGGUCUAUUUCACGACUGCCAGCUUUAAGCAUGCGCCUGACACCUAUCCUUCAGGUCGCUCUCGUCCCAGGGAACCAGGAAAUACUGCGACCGCUCCAGGGCCAGUCAUAGAUUGCGCUCUGGCCAGCCUCUUGUGCAUUGAUCAUUCCGAUAUUUCACCAGACGCACUCCCAGACUUACUCUACCAUAGAGACCACAGCCCUUGGAUUUUCCACGUCACCUAUCACGGGAUCGCUGAUGAUUUGAACCAACAUCUUACCAAUCAAGAAUUUCCGAGGACUGUAUUUGUCCUAGGUCAACUCUGUAUUGCAGGUGAAGGUCUUGAGCAGUCGUUCUACCGAAACCCAGAUCACUGGAUUACGCCUUCAUGGUUCGUUGUUGUUGUCGACCUAGAACGGCCCGGGAGGCCAGUUUGGCUUGCCCGAGACCUUCGUAUUCUUUCCUGGACAACAUUUGAUCCAUAUGAGGAGAGUGAGGAGGAUGAGGAGGAUGAGGAGGAUCGCUGGCACAGACCAAUUCUUUCAGAGAGUGAGCGACGCUUUGAACCGGAGGAUCCUUAUAAUUCUAAAAUCAGAGAAGAGUUCGCCGAAGACUUUUUCAAACGUCUAGCCGGCAACGACACCGAUCUCAUCAAGCUUUUCUCUUCUGUCAGUGAAUGGAAUCACGCCGAUUUGGAUGCAGCUACGCUGAAGCGAUAUCUCUUUGACGACAAUAACCGAUUCCAGAAGACGAUACCCCGACUCGAACACAUCGUUACGGAACCUCUUAGCAGCCGUGACAAAAAUGCCCCAGACCUGAUGAAGCGAUUGCCGUGCUAAAUUUACCUCGGAUCUCUUUUGAAGGUGAAAAGGUCUGCUCCAGCUCGUCACGCGUCCAAAGAUUUUGAUGGUGUCGGUUGAGUGGAAAUGGAAUUUGAGAAUGUAGAGCUCGGAUUGCUUUUGACCCAACCCGCCUGAGUUUGGAUGGGCUCAGUACUCCUUGUUAUCCAACAUCGGGAUCAGUGAUUGUCGGCAAAUCUUAUCGAAAUCGAAUGCUUGCAAGCGUCACUCAAAUCGUGUCAAAACUGUUAAUGCCCGACUUACUGUCGAAAAUCUCCCCGUUGUGAUGGGACACGUCUGGAACUGACUGUCCCCAGGAAUGAGCAUAUUGGAAAGGGAAUGCGGUGUAUUACACACAUUGAGAUCAGGGUUGGACCAGGG